UCACUGUAAUGGAGUGAGCGAGUGGUGAAGAGGGAAGUUCGUACGAUCGAACACGCCUUUCUACUCGAAAAACUCCAUACAGUUCAAGGAAACUUGUUUCUUAGUAUCUUUUCUGUCGAGAGAGCUUAACCCGUUGAUUUGAAGCUGAAUUUGGACGUUUGGAUUUAACUUCGUUUUGUUGAUUCGCGACACGCCCGCUCGACGAACGCCAUAUUGGUUGUAUUUCACAACUUUUCCUGACACAACAUUUCCUGGAGAGAAGAUACGAGCAGCCAUUAGGCAUAAACACUUUGCUUCUGAAAGUUUACGGGAAAGAGACGCUGUGGAGUUAGUACCAUUUCCUAAAGAGAGAUUUGUUUUGGAGAAUCGUUGGAAUAAAGUUUGACUUGGCGCGCUUUGCUUAUUGAAAGUACUCGUGGUUUACCGACUAGCUGCUUCAAGAAAGACAAACAUUUCAGUUUGAAAAUAAAUAAAGUACUAAGCACUAUGACAACGAGGUCUGGAAAGCAUUUUCGAGGGGAUAAGAACGUUAUGAUCCACGACAAAACUGGAAGGAUUCUGAUUUCAUGGAAUCGCUUUGCAAGAUCGCUGAAGGAAGCGUUUGAAAUUUAUUGGGAAACCAAGCAGGCUGAAGUAACCUCCUGGUUUGAAGAACUACCAAGAAAGAUAAAAAAUAUUCCUUUCAAGGACACCUUAUUGGCUGCCAUUCCAUUUCUGUCUUAUCUAUUAGUCUAUUCGAAUUAUUCACUCCUACGAACAAUUUUAGGACUUGGCAAAGUGACAAAACCCAACCAUACUUUCUUACCAUGGAUGGAAGUGUUAGUUUUCCAUUGCCUUCCUCAUCAAAUGCUGGCAAAAUUUGCACAUCCCGCACUUGACUGUGUUGCUGCAGUUCCUUACAUAUUUCAUUUUGCUCUUCCAUUCCUGUUCAUCUUAUUCAAAAUUGUAAGCAAUCAUAGCAUUCGUGGAGUGUUUCCGUUUCUUUGGUGUGCAGGAUGGGUGAAUCUCGUCGCAACCAUCAUACAGUUCCUCUUCCCAACAGCACCACCUUGGUAUGUGGACUCAGUUGUUUUUAGUCCCAUGGGAGAUGUUCUCAAAGCAGGAGCUAAUGAAGCAGGAUUUCACAGACUUGAUGCGGCAUUAGGUGUUCCAUUCUUUCACGGACUUUAUGCAGCUUCUCCAUUGCCAUUUGGAGCAUUUCCUUCACUGCACGUGGCAUGGCCAGCAGUGAUAUUAGUUAGUGGACCCUGGAUAAAUGAAAAGUUUGCAAUGUUUCAUGUUGUGUGGAUCACAUGGGCUGCUCUGUAUUCAAAUCACCACUAUGGUGUGGAUGCCGUGGGGGGAAUUUUUUUGGUGUUUUUGGUCAAUUUUAUGAUGCGUAAGGUGUGGUGUCCGUUUCCUCUUGAAAAUGGAAAGAAACCCUCCUGCCAUUUUUGUAGAAGCAUAUCACCACCUUUAUUACAAGUUUAGCAAUUUAUAGAUUUGGUGUCUAUUUUUUAGGUUAAUUUUCAAAUUUAGACAAACUGAGAAUUUGACAUUUUAGCUGGUGCUUUCUCAGCCUUUUGGUUUUAUUUUAACUUUUUUUUAAACCUUGAUUUUGUUUUUAUUUACCACAACCAACACAGCUAAAACUUAAAA